CUUUUAGGGAUCAAGCAGUUAAUGGCAUAUAUAUGAGGGGAGAAUUUUUACUCCUUUGUGGAUGAAAUAAAUACCUACAUCAGGAUUUACCUAAAUACAGUGGGAGAUGACUCAAUUUCUACCUCCAAAUCUAUUGGCACUGUUUGCACCAAGAGACCCAAUACCAUACCUUCCUCCAUUAGAGAAACUUCCUCAUGAGAAGAAGAACCGAGGAUACACAGGAAUUGCACAGUUUGUACAAGCUUUUGAGGAUCCAAAAGACACUCCUCCACCUGUCCGAGUGGAAACAAGAGAGGAACGCUUGGAGCGCAAAAGGAAGGAAAAAUCUGAGCAGAUUCAGUACAAGCUUGAACAAGAUAUCGCCUUAUGGGAUCCACAUGGGAGUCCAACAGCCACUACAGAUGCCUUCAAGACGCUCUUUAUUGCCAGAAUUAAUUAUGACACAUCUGAAUCCAAGCUGAGGAGAGAAUUUGAAAUCUUCGGUCCCAUCAAGAAAAUUGUCCUUGUUCACAACAAGGGAUCAGGGAAGCCAAGAGGUUACGCAUUCAUUGAGUAUGAACACGAACGUGAUAUGCAUGAUAUUGUCCUAUGCAGCUGGUUCCAUCCCAGUGCAGCACCUAUUGACAAUCGCAUAAACCCAAUAGCUGGCUCUAGCCAGGCUCAGUCUUCAUCUGGUACUUCUGUUCUUCUUGCAGCUGCCUACAAGCAUGCCGAUGGGAAAAAGAUAGAUGGAAAGAGAGUACUGGUCGACGUUGAACGAGGGCGCACCGUCAAGGGAUGGCUUCCAAGGAGGCUGGGUGGAGGUAUGGGUGGCACCCGUCGAGGAGGCCCAGAUGUGAAUGUCAAGAUAUCAGGGAGAGAGCAUGGGACUGGGGCAGGUGCUGGAGCAGCUGAAGAUCGGGAACGUGAACGGGGAGGUGCGGGAGAUCGCACCAAGGAGCGGGAUCGAAGGCGCUCCCGAAGUCGAGACAGGGAACGUGAGAGGGAUAGGGACCGAGAGAGGGACAGAGAUCGGGAUCGGGAUCGUCGGGACAGGGACAGGGAUCGUGACAAAGAGAGAGAAAGAGAUCGUGGUGAUCGAGACAGGGACAGGCGAAGGGGGGCAGUGGAUGACCGCCGAAGAAGGUCCAGAGAGAGGGAGAAGGAUGAUCGGGACAAGAGGAGGAGGCGUUCAAGAUCCAAGGACAAGGACAGGCGAGACAGGGAUCGCCGAGACAGGCCGAGGCCAGAAGAGGGUGAUGUUCGCGUCAAGGAGGAACCACAGGACUUCAAUGAGUUUGGCUAUGAAUAUGGUCAAUUCAAGCAAGAGCCACAGGAAGAAGGUUAUUACAAUGGCCAGCAGUAUGGAGGAUUCAAUGCGCAGGAUUACUGAUGUCAUCCAAUUCAAGGAGUUUCUGUAUGAUAUGGUCAUUGGUGCCUGCAGUGUGGGUGAUCUAAAGGUAAUUGAUGUUUUCAAGUACUGUAUGUGCUUAUCUUGUCAUCAGUGACAGUUAUCUGAAAUGCCUCAAGUUUUUCGGCUGCUUCAGCCAGAACACCCCUUGGAACUUCAUUCCUUGUGUAACUGUUAUUCAUCUGCAGUGAAGUGGUUCAUCUUAUGGUGAAAUUCAAAAUUCAUUGAUUGAAAAAAGUUGCUCCAUCUUAAUUCAUGUCAUAUGCCGCUAUUCUGUGCUGAAUAAAGGUGAUAGUGAGGG